AUGCGAAUUUCAUUGGAGUUCUCAGGAGGCGCCGAACUGCUUUUUGGUAACAAAAAGGAACAGAGUGCUGAUUUACCCGACUCAGUCAAAACAAUAAAGGAGCUCCUCCCUUGGUUACGCGAUCAUAUGCUUACGGGGCGACCGGAUUUGUUCCUUUCCAACAGUUCUAUUAGGCCGGGCAUCUUGACGCUGGUGAAUGAUACAGACUGGAGCCUUCUUGGUGAAGAAGAGUACCUGCUCAGAGACGACGACAAGGUGUCCUUCAUCUCUACAUUGCAUGGUGGUUAA